CCGUUCGUCGAGCUACCUUCGUCGGCAGUCACGCCACAACCUUCGUCGCGUCAGGUGCGCACGGAUCUCCGCGACCAACGGGACUCUCUGUUCGCCAGUUCCCUGAUCGCCGGCACUGACAUCGCCUUUAUAAUCUUUCUUCUCGAUAGCCAGAGAAAUAAUCAAACGAACCUUGGAAACAUGUGGUUGCCGAGGACGUGCGCUCUGCUGAUCGUAUUGGCUUUGGCAAGAUGCGAAAAACCCGAAGAGGAGGAGGAUGCUUCGACGGUGUUCCUCGAAGCAGCCAAAUCCUUUUUAUCGAACAAGGACAAUUUAAAUGGACUUCAAGGUUUGGCCAGGACAUUUAUACAGUCGGAUGUGGGGAAACAGUCCAACGAAAUGUUCGAUGGAAAGUCCAAUCUAGACGGUAUAGGACAGAUCGUGUCGGGCAUUGGCAGCUUGUUUGCCGGCAACGAAAAUCAUCAGGGUAUCGAUCUCUCUCUGAUCGGAUCGGUUCUCGACGGGAUGAUGAAUUCGAACAAAAAUACGAAGAGAGUCUCCAGAGAUGCCGAAUCGAAGCCCAAACCACCCGGAAUAGAUUUGGACGGUAUUCUGGGCACGUUCAUGGGUCAGAAUGGUAAUUCUGACCUGUUGAUGGGCUUGCUGCCGAUGUUGUUACAAGGUCUCGGAAAUAAUGACGUACACAACGAACCUGGCAAGAUGCACGAUCACUCGGGACACUCCUGGUACAUGCCACCGAUCCUGGAGAAUUUGCACGUGAUGUGGGAUCACUUCAGUAAUUCGGAACUAGGCCAAACUUUGUGGAAGAAGAGCGGUCUAGCUCGCUUUGUAGGCCAAAUUUCCAAUUCCGAGGGACGCAUCCAGUACGAGAAACUUCUGGACAACAUCGAGAACCCUUCUGUUCGUCGCAGAUGGAUCAGGUCGCUGACGAAUUAUAUCGGGGAGUGGAUCUCCCAUAUCUCCGAUCCGCAAAUCCAGCAGCGUUACCUGAAUACGGUUCAAUUUGUUGGGAACAGUUUCUUGAAAUCGCAGGGCUUUCCGAAAUCGGCCAUGUUCGACUCGAUGAGGCCGGUAGAAAGUCUUUCCAGGUUAGUGAACGCAAUAGCGAAACGAUACGUAGGGAUGAAGAUCGACAGUUCGCAGUACAUUAAACCAGCGGAAGCAUACAUCAAAGAACUAAUCACCCUCGCUUCGGAGAAAGGAUUCAUAAUGUCUCGAGUGAAUGCCAGGGAAAUCAGCAACAGACUCAGUGAAACGAUCAAUCACGACAUCAUUGAUCCCAUAUUGAAGUCUUACCGUGCGUACAAAUGGGCGAUCAAGAGGCCACAAUGCGCUAGUCAGAUCCUGUGUACAAUCAACGAACAGAACGAUCAGGAUAAAGCACAAACGCGUCUACGAAGCGGUUUGUUGAAAGUAACCAGCUUUCCAGCCGCUUGGGCUGUGAGCAGCAAGUUAGGCACCAAUUUCUGGACCCUCUACGGGGCCAUUAUGGACCACGAGAGAUGCGUCAAAAAGUAUCCAGCCGAAUGUACAGAUUUCCACGAAGAAGAGAUCCGAAUUACCACGGAAAGCGUUCACAGUGAACUUUGAUCCGUGGCUAACAAUGAGUGUGAACUGUGAGAGACAUUUACGACAUACAAAGUUUAUUUUACAAGCACAAUGUCGCAAACGGCGACUAUCGUUUUUAUAUGAUACUUGCUACCUGUCGUGAGAAUGUAUGGUGAUGAGAUAGAAUUCAUUUUUUAGUGGGAUUAUUCGAAAGGUCGACCGAGUAAAAGUGUGUCGCGUUGAAAACACUUCGCUUUUAUCGCGUGUACAUAAAACAAAACCGUGAAAAUGAACGUAGAACAACUAGGCUUUAAAUUUCACAGAAUCUUUCGUUUAUCUGAAAAACUUAGAAAUAUCGUUCUCUUUCCUUCUUCUGUUAACGCGACGCGAUUACUUUAGUUUUAAGCCUAUCGAAAGUGUGAUCUUACGAUCUGAUAGAAAAAGAGGCAGCUACGAUUAUUGGUAUCUCAUUUCAUUUCAUUUUUAUAUAUUUGUUACUUCUAAAGGAAUCUAUAAAAAUUCUACUUUAUACAGAGAGCGUGCGAAAAAGGCACGUUUCGUUACGACGUUCCUAGGGACAUCGUAAAUUCGAGCUUAAGGAGAGCUCGUUCCAGGAGGGACGAAGGUUCAACGACUAGGAGAUCGCUCGUGCGUUUUGCACCGGAUUUAUUAACAGCAAUGUCUGUGUAACAACUCCUGUAAAUAUUAGAUGAAAGCCAAAUAAUAAAGUGUACGUUGAAUGUACAAGACA